GCGCUGUAUAAUAUUUUUUAUCCCUUAUGCCGAACUAGGGGGGCAGAUGUAAACGGAACUACUUAUUAGAAAUGGCAUUCGUUUGGCUUUGAGGAGAGAAUCCAGCGCUGUUGAAAAGACUUUUUGAUUAAAUCGUUAGCGCCUAUAAGUCGGAGAUGAAGGUGAAAAUCAAGCAAUGGAACGGCGUGGCGUCUUGGCUGUGGGUGGCCAACGACGAGAAUUGUGGCAUCUGCAGGAUGUCCUUUAAUGGUUGCUGUCCGGACUGUAAGGUGCCUGGUGAUGACUGCCCAUUGGUCUGGGGUCAGUGUUCUCAUUGUUUCCACAUGCAUUGCAUCUUGAAGUGGCUGAACUCACAGCAGGUGCAGCAGCAAUGUCCUAUGUGCCGCCAGGAAUGGAAGUUCAAAGAAUGACAUCAGCACACCUGUCUAUGAACUGCUUCAGGAAGUGGAAAUGGAACACAAGGGGCUUAGAUGCUUUAAAGCCCAACACGCUUAUUGUCCAUGUAUUUUAUUAUUUAUUAUUAUUUUAUUUGUGUUGUUAUUGCAGGU